UGCUGUGAGUACAGAAAAUUACGUAAUUAUUUUACGUUCUUGACAUUGUCUUGUGUUUUACUAAAACUUGCGAAAUACUUUAGUCAAUAUGGGGAAGGAAUUUGGAAACCUUUAUAAAAUUAAUGGCAUUGUCUAUUUUCGCUUAAGUCCGUACGAACAAAAAACCUUCAAAGGAAUAUUUUCUGAAGGUGUACCAAACCUAAUUCGUCGUUUCCGAGGCAGUGUAUUUAGGGUUGCACCUUUUUUCAUGUUUUCCUAUUUGCUUAUAAAUUGGGCGGAUGAGAAGAAUCGCGCUCUUUCUCGCAAAAAUCCGAAGGACUAUGAAAAUGAUACGUAAAUAUAGGUGAAUUUCAAGUUAAUGAUACUUAGUUUGUAUUGUAAAAUAUCAGUUAAUCUUAUCUUCAAUGGUGAAGUAAGAGAACUAAUAUUGUAUUGGAAAUAAUAUAUGUGUACAAAAAUACUUUAGAUUUUUCGUAGUUGCUUUCCUCUUUUGUGAGAUAUAAAAGAUAAUCGAUGCAAGUCAAUUAUAUUUGUAUAUCUAU